GCUCGUCUCACUGACGAGGUGGGUGUGGAAAAUCGCGGCAGGCUUUCGUUCUUUCCUUCUCUUCGUCCAUACUAUUCGUGUCAAAGGUAGGUGCGACUGGCGCACCUUCCUUCCUUCUUUUGCAUUCGAGUGUCUUGGGUGCAUACCUUACCCUCACUCCUCUUCUCUGCUGAUCCCCCACGCCACAUGUGACAAUGAGGUUCGGGCAGCAAUUGCGAAGCUCGCUGAUCAAGGAUUGGUAUUACUACUACAUCUCAUAUGACGAGCUGAAGAAGCGGCUGCGAACCGACUUCGAGCACACCCCCGCCAUCCACGCCGGGAAGUCGAAGAAGAAGGGCUGGUCGGAGGAGGAUGAGCAGAGCUUCGUCAACCGGCUCGAGGAGGAGCUGGACAAGGUCUUCACCUUCCAAAAGGUGAAGAGCCAGGAGAUUGUGCGCCGCAUCAAGUCUAGCGAGAAGGAGGUCAACGAUGUCAUCUCGCGCACCGCGUCGGCCCAGAGCGAUGAUCGCCUGCGGAGCAACCAGCCUACGGAGGAAGAGUUUAUGCUGCUGGAAGAGGACCUGUCGGACAUCAUCGCCGACGUGCACGAUCUCGCCAAGUUCACCCAGCUCAACUACACCGGCUUCCAGAAGAUCAUCAAGAAGCAUGACAAGAUGACGCAUUGGCAUCUGAAGCCCGUAUUUGCCGCUCGCCUCAACGCCCGCCCCUUCUUUAAGGACGACUACGAUGAGACGGUGGUGAAGCUUUCCCGCUUAUACGAUCAGGUGCGCACGCGAGGCAAUCCCACCAAAGGCGACUCCUCCGCCGGCGGCAAGCAGCAGAACUUUGUGCGCCAGACGACCAAGUACUGGGUGCAUCCGGACAACAUCACCGAGCUGAAGCUCAUUAUCCUCAAGCACCUUCCUGUCCUGGUCUUCAAUCCCAGCAAGGAAUUCGACAAGAAGGACUCCGCCAUUACUUCCAUCUACUACGACAAUACCGACACAUGGGAACUCUACGAAGGUCGACUGAAGAAGUCCGAAGGCGCCGAAGCUAUCCGUCUCCGAUGGUACGGUGGGAUGGACAGCGACACCAUCUUUGUGGAGAGGAAGACGCAUCGAGAAGACUGGACGGGGGAGAAGUCGGUCAAGGCUCGCUUUUCGCUGAAAGAGAAGAAUGUCAACGCUUUCCUUCGCGGCGAGAUGACGACCGCACAAGCCUUUGAGAAGAUGAGGAGAGAGGGCAAGAAGGGGGAGAAGGAGAUUAACGAUCUCGAACAGCUGGCCAAGGAGAUACAAUUCCGUGUGCUGGACCGUGACCUCGUCCCCGUCUGUCGAUCUUUCUACAACCGAACUGCGUUCCAGCUGCCUGGCGAUGCGCGGGUGCGGAUAUCGCUCGACACUGAGCUCACCAUGGUUCGAGAAGACAAUCUUGACGGCCGACAAAGAGCAGGCAAGAACUGGCGGCGAAUGGAUAUUGGAAUCGACUGGCCGUUCAACCAGUUGCCCGCUCAAGAUGCCGAACGUUUCCCAUACGGUGUGCUAGAAGUCAAGAUCCAGACUGCCGCUGGCCAAGAACCGCCCGAGUGGAUUCGCGAGCUCACUUCUUCCCAUCUUGUCGAGGCGGUGCCGAAAUUCUCAAAGUUCAUCCACGGCUGCGCUACCCUCUUCCCCGACCGUAUCGAUCUUCUCCCCUUCUGGUUUCCCCAGAUGGACGCCGAUAUUCGCAAGCCAGUCACACAUGGAUUUGGGAUUGAAAGGCCGGGUCAAAGCACGGAUACCAGCACAAGCAUAGAUGUGGAUGAUGACACUGACGAUGAGGUGGCCGGUGAUGACGACGAGCGGACACUACGAGCGCACGAGGAGGAUGACGAGAAUGUGCACAGACUGCGAGCAGCGCGCGACGCCCUCGAGCAACACGAGCAAGAAAGGCGCAUGGCAGACGUGAACGGCGGGGAUGGACCCAACGUCCUCGACGAAGAGGAGCGAAUGGAAGCCAAGCCCAUCGCCUCCAUCGACGACGACUACCCACUCUACGACUCCGAAGACGAAGAGGAGGCCCUCGCGGAAGCCAAACGCAUCGGCGGCUGGCGCUACCAAUGGAAGCUCGUCCAGACCUACGCCAGCAUCGCCGGCGACAAACUCCUCUACACUCUCAAACUCGCCACGCCGUUUCCCAAGCCCACGCAAAUUCCUGUGCGAGAGGGCCGCUUUGGCCUGCCGAGCGCGGACAAGGUGCAGCAGAAACGCUUCAAGGCUCCGAAGGGCAAGAAGAUCCACGUGCCGGUGAGAGUGGAGCCGAAGGUCUCCUUUGCCGCCGAGCGCACAUUCCUCUCAUGGCUCGAAUUCUCCAUCAUCCUCGGCUCCAUCGCGGCGACACUGCUCAACUUCGGCGACGACAUCUCCAUGGCCUCCGCCUGGGCCUUCACGGCCGUCGCCCUCGUCGCCCUCUUCUACAGCAUGGGCGUCUUCCUGUGGCGCGUGGACCGCAUCAAGAAGAAGCGUGCCGUCUCCUACCACGACAAGUGGGGCCCGAGUUUUCUGUGUCUGGGACUGGUCAUUGCCGUGGGCAUUAGUUUUGGGUAUCGCUUCAAGUAUGGCGGGGAGGGGGGAUUGAAGGGGGACUUGAAGGGGUGAUGUUGUAUUGUACAAAUGGUCGAGUCUUGAGGACAAUGGGGUGACGUUGUACUGUACGGAGUGUAGGGUUUUAAAAGAACACUGGCUUUGUUGUGCAUACCUUAGGUACUUCACGUGUUGAACUAGAUACCACAUCGGUCAGCAGACUUACAAUAUAUUCAGCCAUUAGAUUAAACUCG